AUGAGAAGUACUUUGACUAAAAAGUUUAAGAAAUUCUUCCUCGUCGCCUUUGCUGCCAUCUUGGCUUGCGCCAGCGCUGAUGUCUCAGAAUUGGGCUACAGCUACGAGCAACCUGCACCUGUGUCUUUUGCUGCCCCAGCCCCUGCACCCGCACCCGUAGCACAGCCUGACCGCACCUACGUGCCACCAGCACCUGCACCAGCUCCAGUUCCAACUCCAUCUUACAUUCCACCUGCACCAGCACCAGCUCCAGCUGCAGUGCAAUAUGUUGCUCCAACUCCAGUUGUUGAACCAACUGAGGAAAUUGAGCAUCAUGCUCCUGAUGGUUACCGUUACAAGACUGUUCGUCGUCGCGUCUACAGACGUCGUUAUUAAUUUCCUUUUGU